AUGGCCACGUACAUCAUGGCCAUUGGCGUUAUGGACACGGGCCUCAUGGGCACGGGCGUCACGGACACGGGCCUCAUGGACACGGGCCUCACGGACACGGGCCUCACGGACACGGGCCUCACGGACACGGGCCUCAUGGGCUUGGGCCUCACGGACACGGGCCUCAUGGACACGGGCCUCAUGGGCAUGGGCCUCAUGUGCAGGGGCCUCUUGGACGCGGGCCUCAUACACACGGUCCUCAUGGCCACGGACCUUAUGGGCGCAGACCACAUUGCCACGGACCCAAUGAACACAGACCUCAUUGCCACAGGGCCCACGGGUCUGGACUUGAAGGAGCUCAUCAUAUUGGCUGUUCUUCAAGACGGCUAUUAA